AUGCCUUUAACAGACACCCUCUCUGUGGCAUCGCUGUCGUUUUCGGCAACCGAAACGGGAGAUCAUACAGACAUCAUUACCUCAGAGGACCAUCUGCUCCCGGAUUCCGUCAACGCAAUCCACAACCUAGUGAAAAACGUCAACUACAAACGCAAAUCGACGACCACAGGCCUGCUCUCCUUGAACUCAACAUCGACGGUGGUCUCUUUGAACGGACCUACCGCUAGAGAUAUCCCACGGACUAAAUUGACCCCCCUCGACACGGUGGAUAAUGACGUCUUUGAUGGAUACUCUAGUAGAAUUGCUGAGGAUUAUGACUACUUCAUUUCAAACAAAUCAUUGACCACCCAGUCCUUGAAAACAUUGUCAGGAAACGAGGCCCUCUUGGACAUCAACAGUUUAUCCCAUGUUCCGGAAUUUUAUUUCCAUGAUGACUUCAGACUGGACGACCCAAGGAUCUUUAAUAAAGUCACAGGAAAUGCCCAAUUCCUCUCGUUGAUUGAACCACAAAAUGGGAAACGCGUCCUAGAUCAUGAAGAGUUACAGGAUAAGUUGUCCUCUUAUAUGGAUAUCGUCGAAAUUCACCUAGUCCACGAAAUCUCAAAUUCUAGCGAUGAUUUCUUUAGCGCUUUGGAUGACCUCAAACAGAUUGUCAACUCCUCCAAACAGUUGAACUCCAACUUAGAUGAGAUGCAGCAUCUCCUGGAACAGGCUCAAGAGAGUAAAAUAGAAAGAGGUGAAAAAAUCAUUCACAUGCUGCAGAAAUAUCAAAAUAUCGGAAAGUUCAACCAGGUAGUCUUACAAAUCAAGGCCAUUUUGAAACAAUCCGAUAUUGCCGAGGAAAACUAUUAUAGGGGAGACUAUGACAAGUGUCUGUACGUGAUUGAUUCCGUAUUUGCAAUGAUUAGAGGUAACGUUCCACCGCAUCCUUUGAUUACAAACUUGACUCAAGAUUGGAAAUACCCUUUGAGAGAUUUGAAUAAGUUGCCAGCAUUGAUCCCCUUGAAGCGACAAUUGUCCAAUUUGGUCUCAGAUACUGGUAAAUCAUAUGCAAAACUAUUUGCAAAUUAUUUGCUCGAUGAUUUGAGAUCCACUUAUGAUACAAUUGAUCGAGAAGAUGUUCUACAACGGUUACUCGGCAACAAAAAAGUGGAUAAUUAUAACAUAGUCUCAGAUGAAUUCAAGUCAACAAUUCUAAUUUAUUUGAAAGGUUUGGCUAGAUGUGGCGAACUAUCUUCUGCUUUCAAGCUCUACGAGGAGAGAUUUUCAAAUGAACUCAAGAAUAUUUUUAAAGAAAAUCUUCCAUCCGACUCUCACAAUGUCAAUGAGAAUCAAAGUACCGAUUCAAGGUCCAUAUCGGCAACUACUACUGCACACAUGAACAGCACACUCAUACUUGCAGAUCUUUUGAAGAAUAUGACACCCAAGGAAUUUGAGAAUCUACUUGUCUCUGAUUUUACCCAAUUUUCUGAAUCUUUCAGGAGGUUGACGGUCCACAAGAACAUUCUCUUGACAACCGCAAUCGACGUUUUAAAUAAUGUUGACCCUCAGAUCCUUAAGGCUCAACCAGACAUCAUCAUGGAUUUGGACAUCACUAAUGCCAUCAGUUCUGUAAUCAACUCGAUCCAACGUCGGAUAUCUAAAGUCAUCAAAAUAAGGGAACAACAAAAUGCCUUUCUGUCUCUCAAUUACUUUCUAAGGUUUCACAGACUCACUACAAGCUUCCUCACGGAAUGUGAAAUUGUUUCUAAAGGCAUGGUCAAUGAACCUAUUCUUAAAGACAUUAUUCAAAGACAGCUAUUCCUAUUUAUACAACAAUUCCAUAAGUCGAACUUGAAGAACUGUAUUGAUUUGAUUGAGGCGGAAGUAUGGAAAGACGAUGGUUUACCACUCGAAUCACAGAAAACAAUUGAGUUGAUCAACAGUGCUUCCGAAGGUAAUUUCGACAUGUCUGAAUGGGUAAGGGGUCUAAACAUUGACUUUGACCAACCGCAGCAAUCUUAUACCCAUAAUGUAACAGAAAAAAGGAAAACUUUAAACCUGCAUGGUCAACACUAUAUUUUACCGACAUCAGUGGCUUCCAUUUUGAAUAUAAUCAAGGCGUACCUAUUUUUAAUAUAUUACUUCCGUAUGAAUAUGGCUGUCGUUUCACAGUCAUACCUUCCGGAAUUGCUCAAAGCAAUCAAUUUGAAGAUCCAUCAAUCUGUCCUUGGUGCACAAGCUACCAAAACAGCAGGGUUGAAGCACGUCACCACCAAACAUCUAGCAUUGGCGGGAGAAGUCUGCAGAUUUUGGAGUUACCUAGUCUCUGAUAUUGAACGUGCCUGUCUCUCGGAACUUGAUCUCUCAGAAUCUUCGAGACAGAGUUUGAUGAAAGAAUACGAUGAAGUUAAAGCACUAUUUGGUGAUCAAGUGUCUGAUAUCUAUGACAAGUUAGUUGCCAUAAUGAAGGAUACGACGCAGGCAAUUAUCGCACCUGUUGCAGCAACUGGAGAUUCAUUUGUUUGCGAUGGUCUGAACCCAUACAUGGAGUCCAUUGUCAAGAAAACCCUUACAAUCGCUAGAAGCGUACAACGAUAUUUACCUACACAUGAAUAUGAUGGAGUCAUGUUGCGGAUUUUCAACGUGUAUGAAAAGAUCCUAAUUGAUAAAUAUAGCGAGAUACUUGAUAAUUCCAGUGAUAAAACAGCUGUCAGAAAUCAAAUCAGAAAAGAUAUCAUGUUUUUCAAGGAAAAAUUAGACGAUGUUGACAAUGGUAGACUUGUCUCUCGAGUCUUGCAAGAAUGUGGAUGCAUUACAGAUGAGACGGAACUCCCAGGUGACUCUAAAAUUGAAAGACCUCCUAAUUCACAAGAAACACCUGACCCCGAACACACGUCAGAAAUAGAAACUAAAGAUAGCACAGGGGGGGAAUCAACUCAGGAGGUGAAAAGUAGUGGUUCUAAAUCGGGGCGAUCCACACCAAAUGGCGAAUCAGGAGAUACAAGCGUUAAGUCUGGCGAAACUUCCACUCUCAAUGGCGGUGAUUUAGUUGUUCCGGAAGCUAAGAAUAACAUAUUAUCGGAUCAAGAGACUAAUGUCCAAGACGCUUCUCAAGCUCCAAUUAAGCCUAAAACAUCGAACGCCGGUCAGGCUUCGGCCAUAUAG